AUGCCUCGAGGAACCGGUGGCAGCCAACAGACAACAAGAAGAGGCCCAGUUACAGCUACAACAAACCAACAUUCAAGACAAACACUUGGAACAAAGAAGAUCGCUACAAAAAGGGAAAACACAUCAAGAAACAACACGAAUGGAACGGGCGCCGUUAGAGGAAACCACACCCCCUAUGCAGGAACCUUACCCUGGGUGCAGCAAUUUAAUCCGGCAAAUCUACUCCAGGAAAAACAUAUCGGAGACUUCAAUAGAAAUUAUUGUUGGAUCCUUUAGCCAAAACACACUAAAACAGUACAAUAGCACAUUUUCAAAAUGGUGGUCAUUUUGUACCGGCAAUACUAAUAUAAUAUUUCAGGCAGAAGCACAUAACAUUCUCAAUUUUUUAACCCAGGAGUUUGAAAAGGG